AUGUCUAAGGCGUUUUCAAUUAUCCAAACCGUGCCCGUUGCCAAGGGGACACCAGAGUAUGAAGAACACCGGGACCGCAUUGUACAGGAACAUUUCACGGACAAGGUCCCAAAGGAGCUCCUUUUGCCGUCCGAGAUAAUCAAAAGCCCGCCUAGAAAUGUGACCAAAAUCCCCCACGACUGCGGGCUUCUGACCUCAGAAGAGCUGGACAUCACCGAAAAUUACGAUGCGACUGCACUCGCCGAUGCUAUCCGAGAGCACAAGCUCACGGCUGUGGCUGUAGCCACAGCCUUCGCCAAGCGCGCCAUCAUCGCCCAUCAGCUUACAUGCUGCUUGACAGAAUGGUUCCUGGAUGACGCCGUUGCCCAAGCCCAGGCACUGGAUGACCACCUUGCCGCCACCGGUAAGACCGUUGGGCCCCUCCACGGAGUGCCGAUCUCCAUCAAGGAGCACGUGCAGAUGGCGGGCCACUGGUCUGCGGACGGUUACAUCUCCAGCCGCCAGGUCGACAGUGAGGACUGCAAUCUUGUAGCCAUCUUGCGGAGCCUCGGAGCUGUCUUCUAUUGCAAGACAAAUCAGCCCCAGGCUAUCAUGCACCUGGAGACAGUGAGCCCGUACGGGCGCACCCUCAACCCCCACAACAUCGACCUCUCCGCAGGAGGCUCGAGCGGGGGAGAGGGAGCUUUGAUAGCACUGAGGGGCUCUGUUCUGGGAGUUGGGUCGGACAUUGGAGGGAGCAUUCGUGGCCCAGCUGGGUUUUGUGGUAUAUACGGCUUCAAGCCGACAAGCCACUACCUGCCGACGAACGGGAUGUUGCACGGCGGAAAUCCCGCGGAGUUGACCAUUCUGGCUACUUGUGGACCAAUGGCCGUAUCACUGCGGGAUCUGGAUUUGUUCAUGUCCCUUGUUAUCGGUGCAAAGCCAUGUUUGCGAGAGCCGAGCCUGGUUCCGAUACCUUGGACUGGACUCAGCACUCCAUCGCCCUCAUCUACUUCCCUGAAGGUUGGUUUCAUGAUGCAUGACGGGGUGAUACAGCCGCAGCCACCGGUUGUUCGAGCGCUCGAAUGGGCGAUGGGUAAACUUAGCAAUUCUUCCACUGUUACCGUCAAGCCUUUUGCGCCCUAUCGUACAGCCGAUGCGAUAAGAAACAUCCGCAGAGCUUACACACCCGACGGCGGCGCCAGCCUGAAGGCUGGGCUGGCCAAGGCCGGUGAACCCAUGGAGCCCCUGACGAAAUGGAUCAUUCAAGAUGCCGAAGGCCCUCAUUACAACUUCCAGCAAAUGUUUGAUAUGCGCUGUGAGCGUGACAAUUUCCGUUGCAGUUUCGCCAAGCACUGGUCGGAGCAGGACGUCGACGUUGUCAUCUGUCCUGUGUAUGUAGGCCCAGCAUGCGUGCACGAUACAGGCCUUUAUUGGGACUAUACCGCGUUCUGGAAUUAUGUUGACUGCCCCGGCGUGGUCAUUCCGACCCCAGUCAAGGCCUUGAAGAAGGGCCAGGAGCAGUAUGCACCUGGCGAACCACUCAGCAAGGAAGAUACGCAUGUACGCGAGCUGUGGGCAGAGGGCGACUUCGAUGGGGCGCCAAUCAAUCUGCAGAUUGUGGCGAGGAAGUACCACGACAAUGAUUUGUUCGCGGCUGUCAAUGAGAUCGAGAAGUGUCUUCACACCGACUAA